CUCAUACUGUAUUCAUACAAAGAUCGAAGAAGAAAAAGACGAACCUAGUAGGCGGAUAUAACCAUAGACAGUAAAAGAAAUAUAACCAGUCAAAAUGAUCGGAGAUCUUUUAAUUUUGGGCACUCUGCUCAUGAACGCCGGCGCUGUGCUCAACUUUAAACUAAAGAAAAGAGUAACGCAGUCUCAAGGGUUUGGCGAUGAAUCUGGAUCGUCCAGCACUGGAGACAACAUCAGAGAGUUUCUGCUGAGUCUGCGGUACUUUCGCAUAUUCAUUGCUCUCUGGAACGUUUUCAUCAUGUUUUGCAUGAUCUUGUUAUUUGGAUCAUAGAUUGCGGUUACAUGGAGGAUCACUAAAGACACAAAAGGAGAAUUUUUGCAGCACUGGUGGAUUUAUUGUAAUUUUUUUAGUGUGGGAUGUCUCGGAAGUCUUAUGUAACAUCUGUAUAUUUUGUACAAAAGGGUGUAUAUUGCUUUUUCGGUUUGUGCAUUAAAUGGGGAUAGAAUGCAUGGAAACUACAAGUUUAAAUGUAGUCUAAAGAGUAGUUUGAAUGGUCUUUUAUUACCCUACGCAAGUAUUGUCAGCUAUUUCAGUUUUAGUCGAUGUACAAGUCACUAAUGUAAAUCCUUGGAGAACCAAGCUUUGUGACCACUAAUCUAUAGGAAAAAAAUAUAUAUAAAAAUCAGAUUUUUUAAGUUCAUGCGUUUUAGAAACCAAUACAAUUUAACGCUUGCAUUUAAUUUUGCUCCAUUUGAACAUUCCCUAAAAAUAAAUUUCACACCACUGAAA